AUGACGGCACCCUACGUUCCCCUCGUCAGCGCCGCCUCCUCUCCGGAUGCCGAUGACGAUGCGAAAGGCUUCCUGUCCUCGCAGCCUUCCACCACGAACAACUCGACCAGCGCGAGCCCAGCCCAGAACAUGUCCCUCGCCGCCGCAGCCACGUUGACGCCACUGUCCACGUCUGUCGACAGCAGCGACCGCUUUUGCGACCCGCUUGCGACCGUGAAAGAAAGCCAAGCCGACAGCAACGCCGCCUGCGGCGAGCAAGACGCAGCAGCUCGCAGAGUCAGUGGUGGCGCUCGGAGGGGGAAUGCGCCUGGUGCUCGCCCAUGA